AACCAGUGAUGUCGCUGUGUUCCAAUGAAAACAGGUGGAAUUCCCAGAUUCGACCAAUGACGCUCUCUUCCUUCCAGUCUGUGCCCAGGAGUAGACUAUGCUUGCCCAGUCAUGGCGCUGCUGUGAAGUUCGACACGGAUGAGUGUGGAAACCGAAAUUUUCUUUCUUUAACUGAUUUCAUAAGAAACCUCUUAAAGCCACACUGGUACAGACGAGUGCUGUCUCAAUAGAUAGUUAGUUCAGCGAUUAAGGACUAUUUUUGUUAUGGCUCUUUGAGCAGGAUAUCACACAACGAUCGUGAAUACUUGGGAGAGGAAACGGUACAAAGUUGCUUUUCCUAGCUCCAUGCAGGAUGUUACAAUUGUGACCUUACGAGCAAGCAGCGGGAUGGACAACGGGAGUUAGAACGAAGACUUGAGGGAUUGUUUUUGUUUUUUGUUGGUCUUGUGUAACUGUUUUAGUAUUGCAUUUAGCCUGUUUUGGCGCUUUCCAUACGACCAUCAUGCCAGCGAAAACAAAGUAUAAUUUGGUUGAUGAUGGCCAUGAUUUACGGAUUCCUUUACACAACGAAGAAGCCUUUCAACAUGGGAUCAAUUUUGAGGCAAAGUAUAUCGGUAGUCUGGAUGUGUCGCGACCGAACAGCAGAGUGGAGAUAGUUGCUGCAAUGAGGAGAAUACGGUAUGAAUUCAAAGUAAAGAAUAUCAAGAAAAAGAAAGUCAACAUCGUGGUGUCUGUGGACGGGGUGAAGGUGAUACUACGGAAAAAGAAAAAGGUAAGCAAGAAAAAAGAAUGGACUUGGGAUGAAAGCAAGAUGAUGGUGAUGCAAGACCCCAUAUACAGGAUAUUUUAUGUCUCCCACGACUCACAGGAUUUGAAGAUCUUCAGUUACAUUGCUAGAGAUGGGCAAAGCAACGUAUUUCGGUGCAAUGUUUUCAAGUCGAAGAAAAAGAGCCAGGCCAUGCGGAUCGUGCGGACGGUGGGGCAGGCGUUCGAGGUCUGCCACAAGCUGAGCCUGCAGCACACCGAACAGAAUGCUGACGGGCAGGAGGAUGGCGACAGCGACCAGGCCUGCGAGGUCUCCGCGGUCACAGAACGGGAGUUGACCGGUGCGGAGAAGACGUUGGCAGAGGAGACUGACAUUGACGCCGAAGAGCUGGCCGUCCCAGACAGCACGGUGGACGAGUUCAACCGAGGGGUCACCGACCUCGACGAGGCAAAGAAGGACGAUGAGAUCACCAUAGAUAGAAAGGUGUCUGAAGAGGUCGCCAUCCUGCUGGCCACCCCCAAGAUGCUGCUGCCCUCGUCCAGCCAGCUGCCAGCCGGAGCGCCCCUGUCGGCGCACCACCAGAUCCAGCUCCUCCAGCAGCAGCUCCAGCAGCAGCAGCAGCAGACCCAGGUGUCCGUGGCUCAGGUUCACCUGAUGAAAGACCAGCUCUCUGCAGAGGCCACGGCUAGGAUUGAGGCCCAGGCGAGGGUGCACCAACUGCUCCUGCAGAACAAAGACCUGCUGCAACACAUCUCACUGCUGGUCAAGCAGGUCCAGGAGCUGGAGCUGAAAAUGGCCAAACAUGGAUCAAUGGGCUCCCUGGACAGUCUUCUGGAGAUCACCUACCGCGCCAAUGUCCCACCAGUGCUGUGUGACCCCACGACCCCGCGGCCCGAUGACCUGACCCUCCCUCCGCUCGGUGACGGCACGCAGCUCUUGCAGCCGCUGGCCAGCCCCUUAGUUGACCAAAGCAUGUUUGAGAACUCCACGGUUGCCCAGCAGCAGCAGAAGCCCCCCGGCUCCAGAUCCUCCGCCCGCCGUUUGGUUGGCAGCACGGCCAGCCCCCCCAGCAGCCUGGCCGACAGCUCCAGCCUCAGCGGGCAGAAGACGGGCAGCAGCCAGCACCUGAAAAACGCCCUCAACCUGGGAAAAGCCGUGGGGGCAAAGGUCAAUGACCUGCUGCGACGCAAGGACCCCAACAGCCUGGGAGACAUCGGCGUGACGGAAGUGAACAAGAACGUAGGAGCGGUGUGGUCGUGUAUGGACAGCGGGCCUCACAGCGGAGUCAACAGCAGUCGCGCUUCCUUUGAUGGCUUUCCUCGGUUGGACCCUCCACCCCCUACGGGGAAGAAGCGCGUGCCGCGGGCCCUCAAGACCACUCAGGACAUGAUGAUCUCCUCCGACCCCGUGGUGGCCUCCCCCGAGGCCUCCGACUCCUCAUUCCUGUCCUCCCCGGACAAGGCUCCCCUCAUCGGCAGAGGGAAGGAGGGAUCCCUGCGGAUAGCGGGAGACCCCGGGGAAGACUCGGAGAGCGAUCUGGACACGUCCCUGGAUGUGGAGAUGAAAUGUGGAGAGCAGCGCCAUGCGGAGGAGAGAGAGGAUCGAAACGCCGGCGGGAUCACUAACCUGGAUGCGCUGGAGGUAGAAGAAGGGAUCAUGGAGGUCAAGAAAGCGGGGGACGGAGAGGAGGAUCAGUCCCAGAUCCUGCGCUCCAUCCCCGACCUCAUCCACAAGGACACCCUGGAGUCCAAGCAGAAGCUGCUGGGCCCCGAGGUGCGCCUGGCCUCCACGCCCUGUCCCGGGAAGGACAACUACAGGAUCAGCGUCGGGGACGAGUUGCUGGAGAACGGCUCCCUCGACUACGGCACGCCGCAGAAGCGGUCGCCCGGCGCGGAGAACGAGGAGCCGCACCCCGACCUGCUCUCUUUCGAGUAGCCACACACACACACAUACACACACCCCUCUUACCUCUGGCUCACCUUGGGCAGGGGUACUACGGUGUCAGUCAUCUAACCCCGAACAUGCUGAGACCACAUAAUGCUAAAUCUGUUUUAGCGCUCAACUAGUGUGCCCGCGACAUUUUAAAAUACCAUAUUUAAGCUGUUUGAACCUGAUGUAUUGGGGAUUUGUGGUUGACCUAGGUGUGGAGGAGGGUUGCGCUUGGCAUUUAUACACUUCACUGUAAAUGUCACUGAAGCAGCAGGUCUCUGUUCAGGGAGAUGAGGACUUUCUGAGGGGGCCGUACCAAAGUGGCAAACAGUGGCACCCUAACGUUAGGAUGCCUACGUCUUGAAAAUAUUCUUUCCAAUGAGGUUUAGAGCAAACGUUGUAGUCGUGAUGGACUGUAUUAAUGUAAGACGAUGUAUAACAACACAAAUUUGUGUAAAUGUCCUUAGUACUUUUUAAAUCAGAAAAUAGGCUUUUAAAAAAAAAAAAAUGAAAAAUUGUUUAUCUUAACUGACAGCCAAACCAAAGUUAAAACUGUUUCACUGUUGUAAAAUAUUUUAAUACCUAAGUGUUGAUUUCUUUUUUAUGUUUAGUCAUUUUGAUACCGUCAGUCAUGCCUGAUGGUCUUCCUUUGACCAUAGACACAUAUUUACCUCUGAUUUCAGAACUCCUUUUAACAACAGAACAGCCCUGCUUUAUAGUAGAUAUGCAGUCACUGAACACUAAACUGGGAUCAAAACUGCCAUGGCUGUUGCUUUAAUAUAAACCCAUAUCUCUGAGCGUUCCUAAUGGACCCCAAGGACACGGACCACUGAUGCGACUCUUCACCCAGCAGCUCCGAGAAUGAGAAAAAUGCAAGUGCUGCACGCACAGAAAGGGGUCUUUGUCUUUGAGGUUCAGGGACACAGACACCAUUCCAUCAGCCUGUUAAUGAUGGCAAUGCAUAUGCCUCCAUACGUCUCUAAUGACUGAGCAAUGACCGGAGCUUCAGGUGAUGAAGUGGGGUAUUAACACACCACUUUGGCUUCUGUGGAGAUUUACGGAGCCAAUUGAAAUCGGCCCCUCUGACUCAAUUAGGUGCACCGGCAUUUUAUUUUCCGCUGCGCUGUCCUGCCCUUUGAACAUGAAUAUAAGUGUUCAGCGCGGCCACUCCCUUUAGAGUCACCCAGUGCGUACGACACAGGGUCGCACAGGCGCAGUCUGUUUGUCACGGCAAGGUCGACCCAGCUCCUUGGAGCGGUCUUAACAAGGUGUCUGUCAGCGCAAAGGUAUGAGCACGGCCUCCGAAAAAUCCCCGGAAUGUUCUAACUAUCCUGUUGUUUGUGCAAAGUCUCCUCUACUCAUUUGACUUUGCUGUGCUGUUCUGAUGCCUCAGUCUUCAGUUCUAAUUCUUCUCCUUAGAAACAACACCAGUGCUUCGAGCUGUCGCUGUGCUCCAGUAUGUUUAAAGAGCGGUUAACGUAUACACUAAACACCAUGAGCUCAAAGUCUAAACACUACUUGAAGCGGAUAACCACUUGUGAAAUGACUGCUCAAGAAAAGGCAGCCCUUAGACUUGCUGUAAGUAUCUUAGUCCUAGCUAGGCUUUUUACUGUGGUUGCACACUGCUCCGAUAAUGACGUCUAAUUCUGCACCGUUCUGUUGGUCCAGCUGAGAUGAAGGAAUAAUCGAAAUGACCUAAUGGUGCAUAAAAUAAUCAGAUACCAAGACUGAGAAUGUGGAACAUGGAAUGUGAGAAUGAACAUUUUCAUAUAUUCAGAUUUAUAUUUUAAUAACCACUUGGGUGACAUAGACUUUAUUAAUACUAAUUCCUAACUAUGAAAAGCAAUAAUCAAGUAAUGAAUUCUGUAAACAGCCUGUUUUUAUGAUGUUGUGUAAUUGAUUUGGUCCGUGUGUUGGAGUAUAAUGGAUCCCUUCAUCAUUACUUUGAGGGGAUCACUAGUGGGAGGCUGAGAGAUCUGAUGAAGUAUAUUUUUAAAAGAGAUGUAUUAGUGCAUUAUGAAUGACCACUCUGUUGGCAUUGGAUGUGAAGUAAAAUACUUUUUACUGAAUGCCUUUAUGAUGCCUUUGAAAAGAAAUAUUACUAUGUAUAUUUGGGGGAAGGGUUUAAUAUUCAUCCUAUCAAAACACAGAUAUAUUUUAGUACUUUUUAAAGACACAUCACAAGAAUUUUAGAUUAGACUGUAGUUUUCUUAUUAUGAUUGAUUUCAUAUGCUAUUGUUAUGGUGUAAUGACUUGUUAAUUGUUAAUUAUGUAUGGUCUAAUGAAUUUCAAUGCCAUGGUUCAAUGAAGGAAGGAAAUUAGUUGAGGAGCUGUGACGUACUCGUGAAGGCUUUGAAACACAGUCAGUGUUUGUCUCGAUUUUCCCUUGAGCUGAGCUAUACACUGCCAUCGUGUUGUGGAGGGAGGUUGGACUACCAUAAUGCCGCAUUUGUCUGUGUGGCCUUUCUAUCAUGAAACUAUAUUCAUUUUAGAAAGGUAAUGGAUAACAUGUUUCUAUUCCUUAGUGAACUGUUAAUAGGUCGCCCUCCCACACUCGUCAUAACAACCCUCUGUGUGCCUUUCAACUGUCAAGAGGAAAUGUGAGAAAUGAUUUACUUUAGAAAACAGAAAUUCAAAAAAUGUGCAGACAAGAAUUGUGUUGAGGGGGAAAAAAAGUAUGCAGAUGUUAGGAUGCCAUUGUAAUCUAUUGUACAUCUUCAUGCUGGCGAAGCUUCUACUGUGGAGGAGGAAUGUCUCAGUAAUGGAGUCACUGUAAAUACUUCAUGCAUGGUGUCUAUUUUACCUGAAUACGAAGAUGUUUUUAUCACAUUUGGCAUCUAUAUUUUAAAGUUCCAGCUCGCUUCUUGGGCUGAUGUGAGGUAUGAAAGAUGUGGGCGAACCUCACAGAUGCUCUCCUCAUGAGAUGAGAUUCUCUGGCCAGUUUGUGCAGUCAGUCAGUCAAGGCAGGAUCUCGAGCAGAAAAAACUGGAAAAUUGUAGAGAUGGCAGAAAUGGAAUAUGCUCCUUACUGUAAGUUGGUAUGGAAACCCAGAGGGGUUUUUUUGGCUGGCUGAAUGUUUCUCAGCGGUUCAUUCGGCUGAGUUGUGCGGGUUUUGAAUAAUUGCUGCUUCCACGGAAAGACUGGAAUGUCUGUCAAGCCACGUGAUGAAGUCUGAUAAAGUUGGUGUGAGGAAAAUGUUUGAGAUUACAAGUGUGAACAGAGCCAGUUUGAGGAAAGUGAGACAGAUAUUAUCUGUUCUUAGGAAGACACACAGUCUUUGUUGUCAAGACAGACAAACUAUGACGAGUAGACCUUGCUGACAAUUGAUUUGGAGGAAAAAAUUGAUUGGAUUUUAGUGUUGUGGGGAAAUGUAUACUACUCUAAUGGAUCUUCAGUUCUGGUCUCUUCAAUGACUUGUUUCUUUCCCUGUCUAUUUCUGGCAUAUCCUGUGUUUUCAUUACUCCCCCCCCCUUCCUCCUCCCCUCACAAAUAACCAUGGAAACUAGUCUCACUGAUCAGUGCCAGAGAUGCUUCCUGUUUAGCCGGCGCUUAUUUGGAUGGGCGCUCAGGUCUCUCCGUAGAAUCUGCGAGAUCUGCAGAGGACUGACAGCUUGUGGCGUUGGGUGUCAGCCUCCUCCGUCACAACAAACAAGACUUGGGUAUUUGUACCCGUUGCAGGCAUUUUCCCAGCAGAAAAUGUCUGCUUUUUUUUUUGUGCGUGUUUGCACUGAACACAGUUCGCUGAGUGGGGUCAUCCAUUUCAAGAGCAAAAAGAAUAGAGUGCAAUGCACAGGCACUGUUGCCAGACUGCUGAAGAUGGAUGUGAGCUCUCUUUGUAUUAUGAUGUGCUCCUACACAAACAUGCCUCAAUGUCAACUUGCAUUAGCAUUUUCUCCCAUCUCCCUCUGCAUACAGCUGAAUACAUCUUCUCCAGACAGAAAUUUGCAUCACUGAAUUUCAAACUUAGAAUUUGAAGGGAACCCUCUUUUUUUUCUGUAGAUUUCAAUCAUUUGUCUGUCCCUUAAUAUUUCUCUGUGAAGAUGAAGUGUGUUGUUGUUGUGAUGACACUCUGUAUGUUCCUUUUCUUUUGUUCUUUCCCCUCCUGUAUCAUGGCGUAUUCACUUUCCCUGUAACCGGGGGAGGACACACCUUAAACAGCUCUGUGCUGUUGCAGGAGAGAUUGAGAGGUUUUAUGAUCCAACAGUAACUCCGUCUAUGUAUUUGAUGCACAAGCCAUUUUUUUUUUUUUCAGUGCAUUGUUUUCAUCAUUUGUUUCAAAUCAGUCAGGAUAUGGAUGGAUGGGGGAUGCCAUUGUGAAGACGGGCACACAAAUGGGCUGUUGUCGAGAUGUAAGUGGAUGGUUCAACUCGUACUGUAAAAGCAUCUGUACAAGGGAAACUGUGGUUUAAUAAAGGCAACAUGACAAUUUUGAAAA